GUCUGCUGAUUUUGGGCGACUCAAUGCUCAAUGCCAACUGGAACUCGCGCUCUUGCUUUUCCCGCACCGCAACCACAACCACUUCCAGUCAAGGCGAACCACCACACCACCCCCCAGGCCAUCAUCUUUAACCAGCCGGCGCCGCGUCCCAUGCCGUCGUCAACAAUCCCCGCCAGCAGCCGUCAGAACGGCGGCAUGGCGGAGCCGGACCGGCUGGCGGCGCUGCCGCGCGAGGUGCUGCUGCGGAUCCUCGAGGUGGUGGGCGCCGAGUCCAAGCGCGACCUGUGUAGCGUGUCGCGGCUCAACAGGCACUACCACGCCGCGGCCGACUCGGUGCUGUACAAGGAGAUCCAGUUCGACAAGCCCGAGCACCACCUGCGCUUCAGCCAGUCGCUGGGCCGGCGCCCGCGCCGCGGCUCGCUCAUCGUGGGCGUGCGGCUCGAGUACCCCGCCUCGCACGUCUCGCACAUCAGUCUCGACGUGCCCGUGCACGGCUGGCACCACGAGCGGCUCGACGAGGGCGUCACGCGCACCAUCUCGGCCAUGUCCAACCUCGAGAUGCUCGACAUCGCCGUGCCCGACACGCUCCUGCACGGCGUCGGCUCGCUCUUCAACGGGCCCUUCGACCUGGCCUGCCUCAAGUCGUGCACCCUCUUCUUCCAGUGCCCCGCCGACGCCUACUGGGACCUGCGCGAGAACAUCCACAUCUUCUCCCACCCGACCCUCGAGACCCUCGUCAUCCGCCGCGCCCGCCUCGACUACCGCGGCUUCGACCACAUGGAGAAGCCGCACGGCACCGCCCUGACGAAGCUGCACCUGAUCGAGUGCGACUUCAGCGACGACGCCCUCGGCGACGUGCUCGAGUUCCCCGAGGCCCUGCGCGAGUUCGUCAUGACGCAGCUGCCCGAGCCGAGCCCCGAGCUCGAGGAGACGUCGGACGACUUUGGCGACUACGUCGUGGCCCUGCACUCCGCCGCCCGCUCGCUCGAGACCGUCGUUAUAGACUGCGCCUUUCUGGGCGGCCGCCGCGCCGUGCGCAUGCGCGACUUUGAGAAGCUCAAGACCCUGCGCGUCAACUGGGACUACCAGCUGUUUGGCAAAAAGUCCAACCGCGCGCGCCUGCACUCGGUCGGCCUGCCGCCCGAGCUCGAGACGCUCGAGUUCUUCAACGAGGUCGGCACCGACGACGAGGUGCUCGAGCUGCUCGUCACCGCCAUCGAGGCCAAGGACAUCAUGGCGCGCAACCUCGAGUCCAUCAUCACGGUCGAGGGCGACGACGGCCCCGUGCCCAAGGAGUUUGUGGCCGCGUGCAAGCAGCAGGGCAUAAAGCUGGACAUAAUCGGGGGAACCUUGACCGAAGAGGAUUGAUGUUACUCACUUCCAACUUUUGUCCCAGCAUUGUUAACUCGUUUCCGCAACAUGUCAUUCACGCCAAAGAUGCAUAGAUGAUACAUGAUAGAUCUAGAUGCUAGACGAUGGGUGUUGGAGGGCAGGCUUUGAUUUUCGUCUGUUUGUUUCUUAUGUUGGAGCCGCAGGAAAUGCAUUGAGUGGCUGGCAGGAUAGACCAUUACGACACACCUCGAUACAGGAAGGCCUGAUAAACCGCGUUGAGAUUCCACGAAAAGCAAAGUCUGUGGCUCUAGGAAACGCUUCCUUGUGUGACUGAUACCAUGACCAAUAUAACCUGGCUUCAUACGGUAUCUGCCCCAGCCCACUACCUUCUUAGCCUCCGCAACCACCUCCGCCACCGCCUCCUCCAUCUCCAAUGGAGAAAAAUACGAACCCUAUACCACCUCCG